CUUGAAUCUCCAGGCUGAGCCGACUGUACCGGAAGAGCAUGAAUGUGCUGUGUAGGAGGAGCAGGGUCAUGCAGUGACACUGGAAAAUCAGGGGCCUGUCGAGCGAUGUUGGAAGAAGAAGAAACAGAUCAAACCUAUGAGAAUGUCCUGGCUGAGAUUCAGUCUUUCGAGCUGCCUAUUGAAGCUACUUUAAGGUCUGUGUAUGAUGACCAACCAAAUGCGCACAAGAAGUUUAUGGAAAAGUUAGAUGCUUGUAUCCGUAAUCAUGACAAGGAAAUUGAAAAGAUGUGUAAUUUUCAUCAUCAGGGUUUUGUAGAUGCUAUUACAGAACUCCUUAAAGUAAGGACUGAUGCAGAAAAACUGAAGGUGCAAGUUACUGAUACCAACCGAAGGUUUCAAGAUGCUGGAAAAGAGGUGAUAGUCCACACAGAAGAUAUCAUUCGAUGUAGAAUUCAGCAGAGAAAUAUUACAACUGUAGUAGAAAAAUUGCAAUUAUGCCUUCCUGUGCUAGAAAUGUACAGUAAGCUGAAAGAACAGAUGAGUGCCAAAAGGUACUAUUCUGCCCUAAAAACUAUGGAACAAUUAGAGAAUGUGUACUUUCCCUGGGUUAGUCAAUACCGGUUUUGCCAGCUCAUGAUAGAAAAUCUUCCCAAACUCCGUGAGGAUAUUAAAGAAAUCUCCAUGUCUGAUCUCAAAGACUUUUUGGAAAGCAUUCGAAAACAUUCUGACAAAAUAGGUGAAACAGCAAUGAAACAGGCACAGCAUCAGAAAACCUUCAGUAUUUCUCUGCAGAAACAAAAUAAAAUGAAAUUUGGGAAGAAUAUAUAUAUAAAUCACGAUAGAAUUCCAGAGGAAAGAAAUGAAACUGUAUUGAAACAUUCACUUGAAGAAGAGGAUGAGAAUGAAGAAGAGGUCUUAACUGUUCAGGAUCUUGUCGAUUUUUCCCCUGUUUAUCGAUGUUUGCACAUUUAUUCUGUUUUGGGUGAUGAGGAAACAUUUGAAAACUAUUAUCGAAAACAAAGAAAGAAACAAGCAAGACUGGUAUUGCAACCCCAGUCAAAUAUGCAUGAAACAGUUGAUGGCUAUAGAAGAUAUUUCACUCAAAUUGUAGGGUUCUUUGUGGUAGAAGAUCACAUUUUACAUGUGACCCAAGGAUUAGUAACCAGGGCAUACACUGAUGAACUUUGGAACAUGGCCCUCUCAAAGAUAAUUGCUGUCCUUAGAGCUCAUUCAUCCUAUUGCACUGAUCCUGAUCUUGUUCUGGAGCUGAAGAAUCUUAUUGUAAUAUUUGCAGAUACUUUACAGGGUUAUGGUUUUCCAGUGAACCGACUUUUUGACCUUUUAUUUGAAAUAAGAGACCAAUACAAUGAAACACUGCUUAAGAAAUGGGCUGGAGUUUUCAGGGACAUUUUUGAAGAAGAUAAUUAUAGCCCCAUCCCUAUUGUCAAUGAAGAGGAAUAUAAAAUUGUCAUCAGCAAAUUUCCCUUUCAAGAUCCAGACCUUGAAAAGCAAUCUUUCCCAAAGAAAUUCCCCAUGUCUCAGUCAGUGCCUCAUAUUUACAUUCAAGUUAAAGAAUUUAUUUAUGCCAGCCUUAAAUUUUCAGAGUCACUACACCGGAGCUCAACAGAAAUAGACGAUAUGCUUAGAAAAUCAACAAAUCUGCUGCUGACCAGAACUUUGAGUAGCUGUUUACUGAACCUUAUUAGAAAACCUCAUAUAGGUUUGACAGAGCUGGUGCAAAUCAUCAUAAACACAACACACCUGGAACAAGCUUGUAAAUAUCUUGAGGAGUUUAUAACUAACAUUACAAAUAUUUCCCAAGAAACUGUUCAUACUACAAGACUUUAUGGACUUUCUACUUUUAAGGAUGCUCGACAUGCAGCAGAAGGAGAAAUAUAUACCAAACUGAAUCAAAAAAUUGAUGAAUUUGUUCAGCUUGCUGAUUAUGACUGGACAAUGUCUGAGCCAGAUGGAAGAGCUAGUGGUUAUUUAAUGGACCUUAUAAAUUUUUUGAGAAGCAUCUUUCAAGUGUUUACUCAUUUGCCUGGGAAAGUUGCUCAGACAGCUUGCAUGUCAGCCUGCCAGCAUCUGUCAACAUCCUUAAUGCAGAUGCUACUGGACAGUGAGUUAAAACAAAUAAGCAUGGGAGCUGUUCAGCAGUUUAACUUAGAUGUCAUACAGUGUGAAUUGUUUGCCAGCUCUGAGCCUGUGCCAGGAUUCCAGGGGGAUACCCUGCAGCUAGCAUUCAUUGACCUCAGACAACAGUACUAUGCAUUUGAAAAAUCCUUACACACAUGAAAAUGAGAAAUGAGAAUAUGAGAUCAACAUGCUUGCUGGCUCCAUCUUUGCUCUCUGCCCGUGUUCAUGUGUAGUCUUUGGGACACAAACACUGAAAUGUCUCAGCCAUUGGAUCUUCAGUCAUUGGAUUCAUAGACUGAGCGGAAUGAGCAGGCAGUCCACCAGCUUCUAUAUAAGUUAAUGGUUUCUAUUUUAUUCUAUAUUAAAGUGAUAGUAGCUUCUUCAUGUGUUACUGUAGUUUAAAUUACUAGGAUUCUGUGUGAAUAGCUUUUCUUUAUAAUUUCUUCCAUGUUAACAUCAAAAGAUUACUGCUUUAUUCCUAUCUUACAAUGUAAGCUCCUUGAGGAAAGAGAUUUUGUCUUGUUCCAAUGCUGUAUCUCUGGUACCUAGCACAGUAUCUAGCACGUGAUAGGUGGGGAGUCAAUAUAUGUUGAAUAAAUAAAUGAAUCUUAUCUAGAUCAUUGGCCUUUUUAUCUGCAUUGGCAAUUAAUUCCUUAACCAUUAAUUUGCAAAUUCGUGCAGAUUUCUACAGAUAUCUGUAAAUUAACUGUGUACAAUAUGUUUCUAUAAAUAUUUAUACAAAGAUUAAUGUAAAUAUGAAAGCAUUUAGAUUUGUCUACAUAUGGGCAGGUAGGUUUAAUUUUGUGGUUCCUGUAAUUUCUAUGGAUUUGCACAUAAGAGAUUUGCAUAUGAGUAUCUGACCAUAUGUGAACAUUGUAAGCAUAGUGUUUCUUUAUCUAGGACAGUCUGGUCUUGUGCUGUAAAAGAAUCAAUUCUGUAUUCACAGUUGGAGUUGGUGCGGGUUUUUCAUUCAUUAAGUCGGCUCCUCCUUUCCCACUUAGGGGUAAAUCAGCCUAGAGAAAAAGAGCCUUAAGACGUUGCUUUCUGCUGACACUGUGCAUUGCACAUGCACAGUUGUGCAAAUACACACAUAUACCUGAAAGAAGAAUCCUUGAAAAUGAGGCUUCUGUUGACAACUCUGUGAGGGGUGUUCAUUAUUGAAAUUUAUUUUAAUAUAUAAAUAUAUAAACCUUAUUUAUAACUAUAGUAUUAACACAUAUCCAUUGUAGAGUAUUACAAAAAUAAAGAAAAUAACAGUUAACCUUAAUCCCACCGCAUAAAUAACAAUCAUUCUCUUUUAAAAAUUAUUAUUUUAGAGGUGAAGUUUCAUUAUGUUGCCCAUGGUGGACUCCUAAGUCCUGGUCUUAAGUGAUCCUCCCGCCUCAGUCUCCAGAGUAGCUGGGACUGCAGGAACACACCACCAUGCCCAGCUUAUAACAGGCAUCCUUAACAUUUUUGCGAAUUUUCUUCCAGUCUUUUUGGAUGAGUUUUUAUGUAACUUAAGUAGCAACAUUUAUCAUAAACAUUAUCCCGUUAUUUAAAAUUAUUUGUAAACAUUAAUUUUAAUAACCACAUGAUAGUCAUCAUACAGAUAUACAUCACUACUUAACCAGUCUCUUAAUAUUGAGAUUUAGGCUAUUUUCAGUUUUUCAUAACACAAAUAACAUUUUUGAGAUUAAUAUCUUUGUGCAUAAAUUUUUUUCUGUUUCCUGAAGUUGCAUUCCAAGAAGUAGGAUUGCUGAAUCAAAGGGAGUGGCCAUUUUUAUAAGGUUCUUAAACACAUUGCAGAAUCACAUUCCAGAGAAGUUAUACUAGUUUACACUCUUACCAUCUGAGUGUAUGAAAGUAACUUUUCCUCUUUGUGAAAGGAGGGAAAAAUGUGGCCAAACAACAGUUAAAAAUUACACAGAACUUUAAAUAAGUUCCCUUUUCUUUUUCAGACAGUAUAUUCUUUAACAUUGUCUCAGUAUAGUUUCUAUCCUAGUGUUUCAACUGUUGGUAUGGCCCAGAAUGGUGUCUUGUCUGAAACAAAAUAGAGUGGCUUUUCAUAGUUAAUAUUUUCAUUAUAGAAUUUUCUGCCUGUUGUAAGAAAAUCUCUAUUAAUAGCUGUAAAUUGGAUGGGGAAAGAGUCAAGCAACUUCUUUACCUUCAUCAAGAAAAGCUAGUUUCUGGUAACCUUUCUUUAUGAGGUUUCAAUCACCCCAGAGUUUUAUCCCUCUCAGAGUCAGUGGUCGGCUCUUGUAUCCCAUCAGUAAAUGCAAAUGUUUCCUCCAUUUGAAAGCAAAACCAGUAAGACCCCUUACUUAUAAAGUGAGUUAAAACAAAAAGAAAGAAUAUAAAAACUAAAGGAAGGUAGUAAGUAAAGCAUUUAGCUUUCUGAAACAAUUCAAAUGGGGAUAGGAAGUUGGUUUUAAAUGGCUUAAGGGGGAUUAGGGUUUUAAAGUUGGAUAAAGAGUUUGGUGCUUAGGUUUAGGCAUGGCAUUGCUUUUAAAAGAUUACUUCCAUAUUUGACAAUGAUUCUAACUGGAGAUUAUAAAGUAAAUAGUCAAUUUUAAGACACCACGGGAAACAAGAGGGUUUCUUUUUUGUUGUUGUUUGUUUAUACAAAAUGGUAGCCUAGAGUUAACAGGCUGAAUCCUGAAGCCCUCAUUUCAUAAUACUGCAGAGGAUCUAUCACCAGAGAGAAUCCAGCAGAGGUUGUUUAAUGCACUUAAUUGAGAUUAUCUGAGCUUUUGGUUUAAAUUACUUUGGAAAAAGUCUUAGGUGCAAACAGCGUCCUUGAAAGGUAAACAUACUUACCUCUAAGAAAAAAAGGUUUAAUUUAAGUUCUUUAAAAUUCUUCAUACAGGUUAUUAGCACCAACCUUUAUUAAUUAAAUCUGGGUACUGACUAAUGCAUAAAGAUAAAAUUUCUAUACAUCAGUACAAGGGUUAAUAUAUAUUAAGAGUGUUUUCAUUAUUUUACAAUUAUUUGAAAACACAAAGUAUUUUACUAGAAAACAAGCCCUGGCAUUUUUAGUAAUUUCAAAGUAAAAAAGAUCUAUUUUGGUUGUAAAGUACAGUUAAUGAAGUUUUAAAAAUGAAUUUCCAUAUUCCGUUCCAUCUAAGAAGCAAGCCAUAUUAAAAUGGACCAAGGAUAGCAUAUAAUUUAAGUAUUAACUGGGUAAAUAAUCAAAAGUUGAUUUAACAUUUCCCCCAUCUUUCGCAGCUCCUUGACCUGUUUAUGGUUUGGGAUUGGUCUACUUACCUAGCUGAUUAUGGACAGCCAGCUUCUAAGUACCUUCGGGUGAAUCCAAACA